GGGGUCUGGAGGAUGGGGGCGGGAGGAACAACGGGCCGGUGAGGAGCAGCCGCCGCCGUCUCCGCCGGCGCUUCGGCAGCCGCCGCGGUGGUCGCCUCGGGCAGCGCCGCUCGUUCUCGGGCAGUCGCCUCCCAUCCCGACAUUCCGCCCGGGGGAGGCUGAGGCUGAAGCGCAGCCGGCGGCAGGGGGACGGUCCGACUCCGCAGCGGCGCGGGCGGCCGCAGUGAUACCCGGCCCCGGCCCCGCCGUCCGUCCUCUCCUUCGGCGCCCGCAGCCACGAUGAACCGGGGCGGCAGCAGCCCGUCGGCCGCCGCCAACUACCUGCUCUGUACCAACUGCCGGAAAGUGCUGCGGAAGGAUAAAAGAAUCAGAGUAUCUCAGCCCUUGACAAGAGGACCAAGUGCCUUUAUUCCAGAGAAGGAAGUUGUCCAAGCGAACACGGUGGAUGAGCGUACGAACUUUCUUGUGGAAGAGUACUCUACUUCCGGCCGCCUGGACAACAUCACGCAGGUCAUGAGUUUGCAUACUCAGUACCUGGAGUCUUUCCUGCGGAGCCAGUUCUAUAUGCUGCGCAUGGAUGGUCCCCUUCCUCUACCGCACAGGCACUACAUCGCGAUAAUGGCUGCAGCUAGACAUCAAUGUUCCUACCUAAUAAACAUGCACGUGGAUGAAUUUUUAAAGACAGGAGGGAUUGCUGAGUGGUUGAAUGGUUUGGAAUAUGUGCCGCAAAGACUGAAAAAUCUUAAUGAAAUUAACAAGCUGCUCGCACACAGACCCUGGCUGAUCACAAAAGAGCACAUUCAGAAACUUGUCAAAACUGGAGAAAAUAACUGGUCUCUGCCCGAGCUGGUACACGCUGUAGUCCUACUGGCACAUUAUCAUGCUUUGGCAAGCUUUGUUUUUGGUAGUGGCAUCAAUCCGGAGAGAGAUCCAGAAAUCUCCAAUGGAUUCAGGCUAAUAUCAGUCAACAAUUUCUGUGUUUGUGAUCUCGCCAACGAUAACAACAUAGAGAAUGCAUCCCUUACAGGCAACAACUUCGGGAUUGUCGAUUCCCUAAGUGAGCUAGAGGCCUUGAUGGACAGAAUGAAGAGACUUCGAGAAGAGAGGGAAGAUGAAGAGGCAUCUCAGGAAGAAAUGACCACUCGUUUUGAGAAGGAGAAGAAGGAAAGUCUUUUUGUGGUCUCUGGAGACACUUUUCACUCCUUUCCACAUUCAGAUUGCUCAUUAUUGUCCUCAGAUUUUGAAGAUGACAUGAUUAUAACAUCUGAUGUCUCCCGAUAUAUUGAAGACCCUGGUUUUGGGUAUGAGGACUUUGCCAGACGAGGAGAAGAACAUUUGCCAACAUUCCGAGCUCAGGACUAUACCUGGGAAAAUCAUGGGUUCUCCCUGGUGAACAGACUUUAUUCUGACAUUGGACAUCUUCUUGAUGAGAAGUUCCGCAUGGUCUACAAUCUCACCUAUAACACUAUGGCCUCCCAUGAGGAUGUUGAUACAACCACGCUGCGCAGAGCUUUAUUUAACUACGUUCACUGUAUGUUUGGAAUCAGGUAUGAUGACUAUGAUUAUGGAGAAGUUAAUCAAUUACUUGAACGAAGCCUGAAGGUUUACAUUAAGACAGUGACCUGCUAUCCGGAGAGAACCACCAAACGCAUGUACGAUAGUUACUGGCGUCAGUUCAAGCACUCAGAAAAGGUUCAUGUGAAUCUACUUCUAAUGGAAGCACGGAUGCAGGCUGAACUCCUUUAUGCGCUUCGUGCCAUAACUCGACAUUUGACCUGAUAGCAUCAUCACCCAGCGAACAUGUCAUACGUGUGGAAAGACCUUUUCACACAAGACACACAUCAGAAGCUGUUUGUGAUGUAGCAUCAAAAAUUUUUCAAUUCUCUAGUGGCAAAGUUUAGCCGUUCUUUCUGGCGGCUGUAAUGUGCAAUGACGUGUUUUCUUUUUCUUGAUGCUUAACAUUACUAACAAUUGCAAAAAUAAUACUGAGGAGCACUACUUUGCAUUGUUUUAUAGCUGGAUUUUUUGGAUACUGAUCAUAAAUCAUGAACUUGGUUUAUUAAUGCUUAACUUCAGCGCUUUGGGGUUUGUACGUAUGUGUAUUCUUUUCUUUCCUUUUUUUUUUUUUUUUUUUUUUGAGUAAGGAAAAAGCGCUUACAAUCUGCUCAAGCAAUUGUUUUUCAGCUAGUGGAAUUCAGCACAGAAUGACCUCCUCUGGCCAUUCUAAACUUUAAUGUUGUGUCCUAAAUCUGGUGGAGGAGAAGCAUGCGCUGUUGAACUAAGCUGCUCACAGGACACGUGUCUGUGUCCCCAGGAGAUUAUUUGUCAGGCACUGUUUGUGGGGGAUUUUUUUGUUUGUUUUUGGGUUUUUUUGUUUGUUUUUUGUUUUGUUUUGGUUUUGGUUUUUUUUACUGCUAUUGGCGAUAACGUGAAAUGUGAUACAGCCAUUGUCCAUAAUUUAAUGUGAAAUUAAUCAUGAUGAAUUCUAUAGCAUGCUACUGAAAUGCCAAAUUCAGCUGUUUUCUUUCUCUUCGGAAACACAAGUUUCCGUUUUCCAUAUCAGAUGUAUAUAUUAAAAGUGAAAUUAUGCACAA